CAACAAAGCCUACAGGCCUGUGAAAAGCAGUCCAGUGCAACUUGGCCCGUGGUCACACCUUUUAGCUCUACCUGAUCUUUAUCCGACUGGGAAUUUUGAAUAGUAUUUGUUUUUUUGUCUAGGUUUGAAGGCAAAAGGCAAAGUGGAAUAUCAGUUUGGGGCUCUAGUGGACGGCAAGUCAGCAGCUUCCUUUACUCUAAGGUCGCUGGAAAUACUACAGGAAUCUUAACUGGGGUAGACAACCCCUAAAACUGCAUCAUCAUGGAUGAGAAUGAAGAAUUUGAGGAGGAGUUUGAGGAAGAGGAGAUUAUCGAGGAAGAGUAUUUUGAGGAGACGGUGACUUCGACCACCUCUCACCAGACCACAUCUCGGGCAGCAGCGGUAACUCAACAGCCUGGCGUUCCUGUGAGGAGAGUGGUCAGGAAGAAGGUUAAGGUGGACACCUCCAAGUUCAUGACUCCUUACUUGGCCCACAGCCAGAAGAUGCUGGACUUGUUCUCCUACAACAAGUACCGUCGUGCCUAUGACAAGGCUAAGGGGAAACCCUAUGCCAUCACGGCUGACACCCCUGAGAUGAUGAGGAUCAAGAAGGCUCAGGAGCAGCUGUCUGAGGUGAAGUACCGCAUGGAGGGCAAUAAGGUCAGGUGUACCAGUUUGUAUGAUGGGGAGGCCAGAGAGAUCGCCCAUGUCAAGCAUGUCUCUGAGCUGAUCAGCAAGGUUCUGUACAGGGCCAAGUGGGAUGAGACAAAGGACAGGUACCUGCUGCCCCCUGAUGCCCCGGAGCUUGUCCUGGCUGUGAAGAACGCUGCCAACUACAGCAAGAAACUGUACACGGAGCAAUGGGAUGAGGACAAGACCAUGUGUUAUCCUUACAGCGAUUCUCCGGAGCUGCGCAGGGUGGCCAAGGCACAGGAGGUCCUCAGUGAUAUCCUGUACAAGAAGGGGCAUGCUGAGCGAACGGCAAAGUACACAUCUCUGGCUGUCCCUAAUGAUAUGGAGCUGGCCAAGAAAAAUUUUGAACACCGCAGUGACCUCAAGUACCAUGAGGACUACAACAAGAACGUCAAGGGCCACUGGUGUGAGACGCCCUACAUUGAGGUGGCCGUUGCCAGGGUAGCUAUGGACAACCUUAGCAAUAAAAUGUACACGGCUGCGUAUGAGGACAUAAAAGACCAAAUCAAUUUUAUGCAAACCGAGACGCCAGAAUACAAACAGCACAAGAAGGCUGGUCACGCUGCUAGCUCGAUCAAAUACAAGAAGGAUUACGAGAACAGCAAAUCGGUAGCUGACUACAACGUUCUCCCAGCCACAGACAACCCUCUGCUCAGGCAGCUGAGAUACGCUGGCACCAUCUUGAGUGACAAAGUCUACAAGGCCAGCUAUGAGAAAUCGAGGGGGUCAAGUAUCAACUACUGUGACACGCCCAAGUUCAAGAUGGACUCUGUUGUACAACAGUUCAGUGACGCACAUUAUAAAGACAAGUAUGAGAACGAGGUGAAGGGCCACUAUAUUGGCAGCUAUGAGGAUAUCUACAUGCAACACUGCAAGAAAAUGGAGGAGAUCAAGAGCGAACAAAACUACAAAGCUGAUUAUGAGGACAUCAAGACAAGAUGUUUCUAUCCUCAAACUAUGUCGCCAGAAUAUGAAGCUCAUAAGAAAGUUGCCCAGUGUAAAGAUAAAGUGUACCGGCAACAUCCGGAUACGGUGAAGUUUACGCAAGUGACAGACUCGCCUGUUCAACUGCAAGCCGCCAUCAACGCCAAACAGCUGAGUGACCUCAACUAUCACGCAGCGUAUGAGUUGGAUAAGUUUAAGUGUGCCCUGCCCCCAGACUACCCCUUCUUCAUCCAGUCCAGAGCUAAUGCAUAUAACCUUAGUGAUAGUUGUUAUAGGUAUGAUUGGGAGAAAGUGAAAGCCAAGCAGUUCGAGGUCAAGGGUGAUGCUAUCUCGAUCCUUGCAGCCCGUGCCCACACAAACAUAGCGAGUGAUGUCAAAUACAAGAAGGAAUUUGAGAAGAACAAGGGAAAGAUGGUGGGAGCCCUCAGCAUACAUGAUGACCCCAAGAUUCUGCACUCUAUGCACGUGGCCAAAAUCCAGAGUGAUCGCGAGUACAAGAAGAACUAUGAGAAGACAAAAACCAAGUACAUCACCACGCUGGACAUGAUGUCUAACACCCUGGCCAAGAAGUCCCAGGGUAUCGCCAGCAUGACCGGCUACAGAACCAUCCACAACCGCUACCUCCUGCCUCAUGACGCCAUGUCCCUGGACCUGGCCAAGAAGGCCAACAUCAUCCAGAGUGACAAUGAAUACCAUUCAGACUACAACAACUCCACCAAGGGCACUGGUUGGGUCGCCUUCGGCUCCAUGGAAGUGGAGAAGGCCAAGAAAGCUGGAGAUAUCCUCAAUGAGAGAAAGUACCGUCAGCACCCAGACACUGUCCCCUUCACCUCCAUCGCUGAUCACCCCGUCAUGAUGCAGGCCCAGGUCAACCAGAUAAUGAGGAGUGAUCUUCACUACAAGAAGGGUCUUGAGGAGAUCCACCAGAAGUACUCUCUGCCCCAUAAUGACCCCCAGUUCCUUCAGGCCAAAUGCAACGCCUACAACAUCAGCAAGAACUACUACAAGCAGAGCUGGGAGGAAACCAUUGCAAAGGGCUACGACAUGAGGCCAGAUGCUAUCUCUGUCAUCCAUGCUAAGCACGGCAGACAUAUUGCCAGUGAUAUCCAGUAUAAAAAAGACUAUGUGAAGGGAAAGGGCAAACAAAUCGGCUGCCGCAAUCUUCAGGAUGACCCCUUGCUGGUGCACUACAUGGAGGUGGCCAGGUUGCAGAGUGACAAGAACUACAAGAAGGACUACCACAAGUCCAAGCUGAAGUACCACUCUCCAGUUGACAUGAUGAGUGUUGUACAUGCUAAGCACGCCUCCACAGUGCAGACCUUUGCUGGCUACAGGAAGAUCCAACACCACUACAGUCUUCUGCCUGGGGCCAUGAACCUUGAGCUGGCUCGCACCAUGAACACCAAUGCCAGUGAUGUGAACUACAAAGCGGAUUGGGAGAACUCUGUGAAGGGAACUGGCUGGAUCCCCAUCGGCUCCAUUCCUGUGGAGCUAGCCAAGCAGGCCGGGGCUGUUCUGGAUGAGCACAAGUACAGGCAGCACCCUGAAAACUUUAAAUUCUCCAGCAAGAUGGACGGCAUGAAUAUGGAGCUGUGCAAGCAUAACCAAAAGAUCAUGAAUGUUCAAGAAUAUAAAGCCAGUGGAGAGAAGUUCCUGCACACUUACAAUCUCCCUGCAGAUGCACCAGAGUUUAUGCAAGCCAAAUGCAAUGCUGUCAACAUCAGCAAGAACUAUUACACAUAUGCUCACCGUCAAGACAUUCUCAAAGGACAUCAGGUGAAGGCAGAUGCCAUCCCCAUCCUCGCUGCCAGGGCCUGCACUAAUAUUGCCAGCAAUUACAAGUAUAAGCUGGCGUACGAGAAGGGAAGAGGCAAGCAUGUCGGCUUCCGCAAUGUUAAGGACGACCCCUUGCUGGUGCACUACAUGGAGGUGGCUAAAAUGCAGAGUGAGCAGAACUACAAGAAAGACUACCACAAGUCCAAGCUGAAGUACCACUCUCCAGUUGACAUGAUGAGUCUUGUGCAUGCUAAGCACGCCUCCGCAGCGCAGACCUUUGCUGGCUACAGGAAGAGCCUUCACAACUACACUCUUCUCCCUGAGGCUAUGCCUGUUCAGCUGGCUCGCACCAUGAUGGAGAUUCAGAGCAACAACGCCUACAAGUCUGACUACAACAACAUGUGCAGGGGUUCUGGCUGGGUUCCUAUUGGCUCUAUGCAGGUGGAGUUGGCUAAGACAGCCAUGGCAGCCCGAGAUGAGCAAGGCUACCGUGUGCACCCCAGCACCCUGAAGUUCACCAGUCUGACUGGCCAGAUGAACAUGGCCCUGGCCAUGACCAAUACCAAGCUACUUGAUGAUGCUUCAUACAGAGCAUCUGGCGAGAAGUUCAAGCACACCUACAACCUGCCUGCAGACAGCCCCCAGUUCCUCCAGGCCAAGUGCAACGCUCAGACCAUGAGCGAGUCUCACUACAAGCACAAGUGGGUGGAAGAUAUUGCCAAAGGAUACGACAUAAGGCCAGAUGCUAUCUCUGUCAUCCAUGCUAAGCACGGCAGACAUAUUGCCAGUGAUAUCCAGUACAAGAAAGACUAUGUGAAGGGAAAGGGCAAACAAAUCGGCUGCCGCAAUCUUCAGGAUGACCCCUUGCUGGUGCACUACAUGGAGGUGGCUAAGAUGCAGAGUGACAAGAACUACAAGAAGGACUACCACAAGUCCAAGCUGAAGUACCACUCUCCAGUUGACAUGAUGAGUCUUGAACAUGCCAAGCACGCCUCCACAGUGCAGACCUUUGCUGGCUACAGGAAGAUCCAACACCACUACACUCUUACCGCUGACUCCAUGAACCUUGCGUUGGCUCGCACCAUGAAUGCCAGUUCCAGUGACUAUGAGUACAAGUCUGACUGGAACAACUCUGUGAGAGGAACAGGAUGGAUUCCUAUUGGCUCAUUGCCGGUGGAACUUGCAAAGGUUGGCGGGGACAUCCAGAGUGAACAAAAGUACCGUACACACCCCUCUAAAUUCCAGUUCAAGAAGCUGAUGGACUCUAUGGACAUUGUCCUGGCCACUGACAACAACAAAAUCAUGAACAAGCAAGAAUACACCAAACAAUGGCACAAUGACAAGCUCACAGUCCAUGUGAUGCCAGAUGCCCCUGAGAUUGUCCUGGCCAAGGCUAAUGCUAUCAACAUGAGUCAGAAAACCUACAAAGCAGGUCUGGCGAAGAUGUAUAAGAAUGGUUACGACUUGAAGGUUGAUGCCAUCGCCAUCCAGGCUGCCAAGCAGGGCACCAAAAUCGCCAGUGACUACAAGUACAAGCUGAGUCACCGGAUGAAUAGGGGAAAACAAAUCGGCUGCCGCAAUCUUCAGGAUGACCCCUUGCUGGUGCACUACAUGGAGGUGGCCAGGUUGCAGAGUGACAAGAACUACAAGAAGGACUACCACAAGUCCAAGCUGAAGUACCACUCUCCAGUUGACAUGAUGAGUGUUGUACAUGCCAAGCAUGCCUCCACAGUGCAGACCUUUGCUGGCUACAGGAAGAUCCAACACCACUACACUGUGCUUGCUGAUGCCAUGAACGUGGAGUUGGCUAAGCAGAUGCAGACGAUCGCCAGUGAUAAUUUGUACAAAAGUGACUAUGAGACAAGCGUCAAAGGCACAGGAUGGAUUCCCAUUGGUUCUCUGGAUGUAGAGAAAGCCAAAACAGCUGGCCUGAUUGGCAGUGAGAAACUGUACCGCCAACACCCCAGCAGCUUUAAGUUUACCAAGGACAUGCACUCCAUGGACGUUGUCCUGGCCAAUGCUAACAAUGCAAUCAUGAACAAGCAAACGUACGUUGACGCCUGGAAUAAGGAUAAGACCUCUGUCCACAUCAUGCCAGACUCAAUGGAGGUGGUGUUGGCCAGAGCCAACAAGAUCAACUGCAGUGCUACACUAUAUAAGCUUGCCAAUGAACAGGACAAGAAGAAGGGUUAUGACCUGCGCAAUGAUGCUAUUGCAAUCCUGGCAGCCAAACAGGGCACAUCCAUUGCUAGCGAUUUCAAAUACAGGGCUGGCUACCGUAAGCAGGUUGGCCACCACAUUGGAGCCCGCUGUGUCGAGGAAGACCCUUUGCUCAUGCUGGCUAUUAACUCAGCCAAGAUUGCCAGUGAUGCUCUGUACAAGAAGGACUUCCAUCAGUCCAAGACCAAGUUCCAUCUCCCAUUGGACAUGAUAGCCUUUGAGUUGGCCAAGAAGAACCAGAUCCAGGUCAACCAUGCCAAAUAUGUAACUCGUCUGCACAACUGGACCUGUCUGCCAGACUCCACUGAUGUUGUCCAUGCCAGACAUGUCUAUGACAUAGCGAGUGAUGCUGUGUAUAAGGCUGAAAUCAAGAGCCUGCAAGGUAUCGGAUGGGUUCCCAUCGGUUCACUUGAUGUUGAGAAGGCAAAGAAAGCCGGCGAGGUCCUGAGUGAGAAGCUGUAUCGUCAGCACCCAAGCAACUUCAAGUUCACCAGCUCAGUUCAAGACAUUGGAAUGGUUUUGGCUAAACAAAAUAAUGAUAAUGCCAACAAGCAAGCUUACACUGAGGCGUGGGAGAAGGACAAGACCAAGAACCACAUUAUGCCAGAUGCGAUGGACAUUGUUUUGGCCAAUGCAAACAAGUCCAACUACAGUUGGAACCAAUACAGGAAAGCAAUGGUAGAGGAUAAGAAGAAGGGCUAUGAUAUGCGCAAUGAUGCCAUUUCUAUCAUCGCAGCCAAGCACGGCAGGGAAAUUAUCAGUGAUCACAAGUACAAGACUAGCUACCGUAAGCAAAUUGGCCACCACAUUGGAGCCCGCUGUGUCGAGGAAGACCCUCUGCUCAUGCUGGCUAUUAACUCAGCCAAGAUUGCCAGUGAUGCUCUGUACAAGAAGGACUUCCAUCAGUCCAAGACCAAGUUCCAUCUCCCAUUGGACAUGAUAGCCUUUGAGUUGGCCAAGAAGAACCAGAUCCAGGUCAACCAUGCCAAAUAUGUAACUCGUCUGCACAACUGGACCUGUCUGCCAGACUCCACUGAUGUUGUCCAUGCCAGACAUGUCUAUGACAUAGCGAGUGAUGCUGUGUAUAAGGCUGAUCUAAAGAGCCUGCAAGGUAUCGGAUGGGUUCCCAUCGGCUCACUUGAUGUUGAGAAGGCAAAGAAAGCCGGCGAGGUCCUGAGUGAGAAGCUGUAUCGUCAGCACCCAAGCAACUUCAAGUUCACCAGCUCAGUUCAAGACAUUGGAAUGGUUUUGGCUAAACAAAAUAAUGAUAAUGCCAACAAGCAAGCUUACACUGAGGCGUGGGAGAAGGACAAGACCAAGAACCACAUUAUGCCAGAUGCGAUGGACAUUGUUUUGGCCAAUGCAAACAAGUCCAACUACAGUUGGAACCAAUACAGGAAAGCAAUGGUAGAGGAUAAGAAGAAGGGCUAUGAUAUGCGCAAUGAUGCCAUUUCUAUCAUCGCAGCCAAGCACGGCAGGGAAAUUAUCAGUGAUCACAAGUACAAGACUAGCUACCGUAAGCAGGUUGGCCACCACAUUGGAGCCCGCUGUGUCGAGGAAGACCCUCUGCUCAUGCUGGCUAUUAACUCAGCCAAGAUUGCCAGUGAUGCUCUGUACAAGAAGGACUUCCAUCAGUCCAAGACCAAGUUCCAUCUCCCAUUGGACAUGAUAGCCUUUGAGUUGGCCAAGAAGAACCAGAUCCAGGUCAACCAUGCCAAAUAUGUAACUCGUCUGCACAACUGGACCUGUCUGCCAGACUCCACUGAUGUUGUCCAUGCCAGACAUGUCUAUGACAUAGCGAGUGAUGCUGUGUAUAAGGCUGAUCUAAAGUGCCUGCAAGGUAUCGGAUGGGUUCCCAUCGGCUCACUUGAUGUUGAGAAGGCAAAGAAAGCCGGCGAGGUCCUGAGUGAGAAGCUGUAUCGUCAGCACCCAAGCAACUUCAAGUUCACCAGCUCAGUUCAAGACAUUGGAAUGGUUUUGGCUAAACAAAAUAAUGAUAAUGCCAACAAGCAAGCUUACACUGAGGCGUGGGAGACGGACAAGACCAAGAACCACAUUAUGCCAGAUGCGAUGGACAUUGUUUUGGCCAAUGCAAACAAGUCCAACUACAGUUGGAACCAAUACAGGAAAGCAAUGGUAGAGGAUAAGAAGAAGGGCUAUGAUAUGCGCAAUGAUGCCAUUUCUAUCAUCGCAGCCAAGCACGGCAGGGAAAUUAUCAGUGAUCACAAGUACAAGACUAGCUACCGUAAGCAAAUUGGCCACCACAUUGGAGCCCGCUGUGUCGAGGAAGACCCUCUGCUCAUGCUGGCUAUUAACUCAGCCAAGAUUGCCAGUGAUGCUCUGUACAAGAAGGACUUCCAUCAGUCCAAGACCAAGUUCCAUCUCCCAUUGGACAUGAUAGCCUUUGAGUUGGCCAAGAAGAACCAGAUCCAGGUCAACCAUGCCAAAUAUGUAACUCGUCUGCACAACUGGACCUGUCUGCCAGACUCCACUGAUGUUGUCCAUGCCAGACAUGUCUAUGACAUAGCGAGUGAUGCUGUGUAUAAGGCUGAUCUAAAGUGCCUGCAAGGUAUCGGAUGGGUUCCCAUCGGUUCACUUGAUGUUGAGAAGGCAAAGAAAGCCGGCGAGGUCCUGAGUGAGAAGCUGUAUCGUCAGCACCCAAGCAACUUCAAGUUCACCAGCUCAGUUCAAGACAUUGGAAUGGUUUUGGCUAAACAAAAUAAUGAUAAUGCCAACAAGCAAGCUUACACUGAGGCGUGGGAGACGGACAAGACCAAGAACCACAUUAUGCCAGAUGCGAUGGACAUUGUUUUGGCCAAUGCAAACAAGUCCAACUACAGUUGGAACCAAUACAGGAAAGCAAUGGUAGAGGAUAAGAAGAAGGGCUAUGAUAUGCGCAAUGAUGCCAUUUCUAUCAUCGCAGCCAAGCACGGCAGGGAAAUUAUCAGUGAUCACAAGUACAAGUCAAGCUACCGCAAGCAGGUUGGCCACCACAUUGGAGCCCGCUGCGUCGAGGAUGACCCUCUGCUCGUGCUGGCUCUGAACUCAGCCAAGAUUGCCAGUGAUGCUCUGUACAAGAAGGACUUCCAUCAGUCCAAGACCAAGUUUCAUCUCCCAUUGGAUAUGAUAGCCUUUGAGUUGUGCAAGAAGAAUCAGAUCCAAGUCAACGACUUCAACUACAGAACUCACCUGCACAACUGGACCUGUCUGCCAGACUCCACUGAUGUUGUCCACGCCAGACAUGUCUAUGACAUAGCAAGUGAGGCGGUGUACAGGGCAGACAUGAAGUGGCUCAGGGGAAUUGGAUGGGUCCCCACUGGCUCACUUGAUGUGGAAAAAGCCAAGAAGGCCGGCGAGAUCUUGAGUGAGAAGAAAUACCGCCAGCACCCCAGCACUCUGGACUUCAAAAGCCCACUCGACGGCAUGGAUAUCGUUCUGGCCAAACAUAACGGCCAGAUCAUGAACAAGCGGCAGUAUGUUGAACAAUGGGAUGCUGAUAAGAUCAAAAUCCACGUCGGCAAUGAGCUUCCAGAACUUGUGCUGGCCAAGGCCAAUGCGAUCACCAUGAGCAAUAAACUGUACAAACAAGGAUUUGAUGAAACCAUCAAGAAGGGUUAUUACCUUCCUGUCGAUGCUAUCUCUGUCAAGGCUGCCAAGCAUGGUAGAGAGAUUAUCAGCGAUUACAAGUACAAGGCUGGCUACAGCAAGCAGGUUGGCCACCACAUUGGAGCCCGCUGUGUCGAGGAAGACCCUCUGCUCAUGCUGGCUAUUAACUCAGCCAAGAUUGCCAGUGAUGCUCUGUACAAGAAGGACUUUCACCAGUCCAAGACCAAGUUCCAUCUCCCAUUGGACAUGAUAGCCUUUGAGUUGUGCAAGAAGAACCAGAUCCAGGUCAACGACUUCAACUACAGAACUCACCUGCACAACUGGACUUGUCUGCCAGACUCCACUGACGUUGUCCACGCAAGGAGAGUCUACGAUCUGCACAGUGACGCUGUCUACCGUGCUGACAUGGAGUUCAUUAGAGGUACUGGCUGGGUCCCCAUUGGCUCUCUGGAUGUGUUGAAAGCUAAGAAAGCUGCAGAGAUUCUGAGCGAUCGCCUCUACAAGCAGAAACCAGAUUCUCUUAAAUACACCACCGACAUGCACUCCAUGCCUAUGGUGCUGGCCAAGGCUAAUGCUGAGAUCAUAAACAAGGGCAACUAUGUUGCACAGUGGGAGGCUGAUAAGAUCAAAAUCCACGUCGGCAAUGAGCUUCCAGAACUUGUGCUGGCCAAGGCCAAUGCGAUCAACAAUAGCUACAAACUCUACAAAGCUGAAUUAGAGGAGUUGUACAAGAAGGGCUAUAACCUGAAAAGCGAUUGCAUCGCCAUCAAAGCUGCCAAGCAUGGUAGAGAGAUCAUAAGUGACUACAAGUACAAGGCUGGCUACAGCGAGCAGGUUGGCCACCACAUUGGAGCCCGCUGCGUCGAGGAAGACCCUCUGAUCAUGCUAGCUCUGAACUCAGCCAAGAUUGCCAGUGAUGCUCUGUACAAGAAGGACUUCCAUCAGUCCAAGACCAAGUUCCACCUGCCAGUGGACAUGCUGACCAUUGAAUUGGCCAAGAAAUGCCAGAUGCAGGUCAAUGAUUUCAACUACAGAACUCGCCUGCACAACUGGACCUGUCUGCCAGACUCCAGUGAUGUCGUCCAGGCCAGGAAGGUCUACGCUUUGCAUAGUGACGCUGUGUACAGGGCUGAUAUGGAAUGGCUCAAAGGCACUGGCUGGGUCCCUAUUGGCUCGAUCGACGUUGAGAAAGCCAAGAAGGCCGGCGAGAUCCUGAGCGAGAGGAAAUAUCGUGAGCACCCAAGCAACUUCAAGUUUACCGCCACAACCGAUGACAUGCCUUAUGCCUUGGCUACGGCCAAUGCCCAGAUAAUGGACAAGCGCCAGUACGUUCAACAGUGGGAGGCUGAUAAGAUCCAAAUCCAUGUCGGCAAUGAGCUUCCAGAACUUGUGCUGGCCAAGGCCAACGCGAUCACCAUGAGCAACAAACUCUACCGUGAGGGAUUUAACGAGAUGAUCGGACAGGGAUAUCACCUGGAUAAGGAUGCCAUUGCUGUCCAACAUGCCAAGAAGAGCAGAGAGAUCAUCAGUGAUUACAAGUACAAGGCCGGCUUCCGCAAUCAGUGUGGCCACCAUAUUGGAGCUCACUGCGUUGAGGAUGACCCUCUGCUUGUGCUGGCCGCCAAUGCAGCCAGGAUCUCCAGUGAUAUUAACUACAAGAAGGACUUCCACCUCACCAAGACCAAGUUCAGCAUUCCACUUGACAUGAUGUCCUUCGACUUGGCCAAGAAAAGCCAGUUCCAGAUCCAAGAAUUCACCUACAGAACUAAACUGCACAACUGGACCUGCAUGCCAGACAACACUGAUGUUGUCCGCGCCAGGAAGGUCUACUCUCUGCAUAGUGACGCGGUGUACAGGGCUGAUCUGGAGUGGCUCAGAGGGUGUGGCUGGUUGCCUCAGGGUUCUGUGGAUGUCAUCAAGGCUAAGAAUGCCCAAACUAUUCUUAACGAAAGGCUGUACCGCCAGCCCCCCAGCUCAAUCAAGUUCACCAGUGUUGUUGACUCUCCAGAGGUUGUCCUGUCGAAGCAGAACGCUGACAUCCUCAGUGAUAGGAAAUAUAGAGAGGUUUGGGAUACUGAGAAAACCAAUAUCCACCUGAACAAUGAUCUACCAUCUCUUGUGCUGUCCAAGGCUAAUGCUAUCGCCAUCAGCAACAAACUGUACACUAAGGAUUGGGAUGCUGACAAGGCUAAGGGAUACCACAUCAAGGAGGACGCCAUCGCUGUGCUGAAGGCCAGAAAAUCUAGAGACAUCAUCAGCGACUACAAAUACCACGAGGGAUACCGUAAGCAGGUUGGCCACCACAUUGGAGCCCGCUGUGUCGAGGAAGACCCUCUGAUCAUGCUGGCUCUGAACUCAGCCAAGAUUGCCAGUGAUGCUCUGUACAAGAAGGACUUCAACAAGUCCAAGACCAAGUUCCACCUCCCAGUGGACAUGCUGACCAUUGAACUGGCCAAGAAAUGCCAGGUCCAGGUUAACGACUUCAACUACAGAACUCACCUGCACAACUGGACCUGUCUGCCAGACUCCACUGAUGUCGUCCAGGCCCGGAAAACCUAUGAUCUGCAGAGCGAUGCUGUGUACAAGGCUGAUCUGGAGUGGCUGAGGGGAUGUGGUUGGAACCCCCAUGAGUCUGUGGAGGUCUUGAAAGUGAAACACGCCCAAGCGGUCCUGGCUGAUAGAGGCUACCGUGUCAAGUUGGAUCAGCAGAAGUUCACAGCUCCUGUGGACAGAAUAGACAUGGUUUGCGCCAAGAACGCUGCAGAGAUCCUCAAUGAGGCUAAUUACCGUGCACUGUGGCACACAGAGAAGACUAAGUACACCAUCACAGACACCCCAGGACUGGCAACAGCAAGAGAAGUGGCCAAGAAUCUCCAUCCGAAACUAUACACCAAGGACUGGGAUAAGGUCAAAGCUACCGGCUUCUUCAUGCCCGGAGAUGCUGUUCCCAUCAAGCAGUGCAUCCACAACAAUAAAGUCCAGAGUGACCACAAAUACAAGGCAGAUUAUCGCAAGCAGGCUGGCCACCACAUUGGAGCCCGCUGUGUCGAAGAUGACCCUCUGAUCAUGCUGGCUAUUAACUCAGCCAAGAUUGCCAGUGAUGCUCUGUACAAGAAGGACUUCAACAAGUCCAAGACCAAGUUCCACCUCCCAGUGGACAUGCUGACCAUUGAACUAGCCAAAAAAUGCCAGGUCCAGGUUAAUGAUGACCACUACAGGACCCGUCUACAUAACUGGACCUGUCUGCCAGACUCCACUGAUGUCACACAAGCCCGCAAAGCCUAUGACCUUCAGAGUGACGUUGUCUACAAGGCCGAUUUGGAAUGGCUCCGUGGAUGUGGAUGGGUUGCUGCCGAUUGUGUCGAUCACGUCAAAGUCAGGAAUGCCCAGAAGAUCAUGAACGAGAGGCUUUACAAGAAGGAUGCCAAAGACAACUUUGCCAAAUACACACACAUCGUGGAUCGUCCUGAGAUUAUCCUGGCCACCAUCAAUGCUUUUAACCUCAGUGAUCUGAAAUACAAGGAGACCUUCAAUGCAGAGAAGGGCAAGUACAUCGGCUCAGAGGACACACCCCAGCUGGCCCAUAGCAGAGAGGUCGCCAAGGUCAUCAGUGAGAAAUACUACAAACUGGCCUGGGAUGAAAGCAAAGCCACUGGUUACCAGCUGGACGCCCAUUACAUCCCUGUAGUCGGAGCCAAGAAGACCAGGGAGAUUGUCAGCGACGUUAAGUACCAUGACACCCAUGAGAAGGCCAAGGGCCACUACCUGGCUGGAACCCUGGUGGACUUCCCUGAGGUGAUGCGCUGUGGAGAACAGGAGAAACAGAAGGGCCUGAGGGAUUACCAUAAGGAGUAUAAUACCAACAAGGCCAAGAACCACAUCCCCGCUGACAUCAUUCCCAACAUGGUGGCUAAGCGGUGCCAGGACAUGCUCAGUGACGUGUUGUAUCGCACCUUACUGCACAACUGGACCUGCCACCCCGACCAGCAGGACAUUAUCAGAGCCCGCAAGAACAAUGAGAUCCUGAGUGAUGUGUACUACAAAGACGACCUGAACUGGAUAAAGGGUAUUGGUUGCUAUGCUUGGGACACACCUGAGCUUGUCCGCGCCAAGAAUGCCCACCUGCUGCAGAGCGAUCUCAAAUACAAGGAGGAGGGUAAGAAGGAAUUCAACAACUACUCCAUCGUGACAGACACCCCUGUCUACGUGACUGCUCUCCUGGGUCACACCUGGGCCAGUGAUCUGAACUAUAGGGAGGCUUACCAUAAAGACAAACAUAUGUAUACCACAAUUCUGGAUACCUACAACUACGCACACAAUGCCACCCUCAAGGACAUCUACAGCACCAAAACAUAUACAUCUGCCUGGGACAAGAUCAAGGCUAAAGAUUACACGCUGCCAUCAGACUCCCACGCCCUGAAACACGCCAAGCAACAGAAGGUCAUCCUCAGCAAUGUUAAAUACAGGGAGGAUUAUGAGAAGUUCAAGUCCCUCUACACCCUGCCCAAGUCCCUGGAGGACGACCCACAAACUCUCCGCUGCCUCAAAGCUGGAAAGAUGGGUCUUGACCGCUUGUACAAGGCGGACUAUGAGAAGACCAAGGCAAAGAACCACAUCCCCCCAGAUAUGCUAGAUGUCCUUUCAGCCCGUCAAACCCAGAACUAUGUCAGUGAGAUCGGUUACAGGAAGCACCUGCACCAGUGGAUCUGUAUGCCUGAUAUGCAGGUGUACGUCCAGGCACGCAAGGUCAACGAGCAGCUCAGCGACAUCUUCUACAAGGAUGACCUGAACUGGCUGAGGGGAAUUGGCUGCUAUGCCUGGGACACCCCUGAGAUCCUGCGAGUCAAGGCUGCUGACAAACUGCAGAGCGAUAACAAGUACAGAGCCAAGGGCAUUGAGGCGUUCAAGGAUUACUCUGUGGUCAUCGACACUCCUACCUAUGAGACAGCAAAACUGAGUUCUCAGAACCUGAGCGAUCUUCACUACCGUAACGACUACGCCACCAAUGUCAAGGGAACUAACUCCUCCCCCGCUGUCACCGUGGAUACAGAGAGGGCACGCCUGGCCAACUUCAACCAGAGUGAUAACUUGUACAAAGAGGCCAACAAGAACUUCAUGCCCACUGGCUACUCUCUUCCCCACGACAAUCCUCUCAUGAAGCAGGCAAAACAAAAUUCCAUUGUUGCCAGCAGCGUGAAGUACAAGAAUGACUAUGAAAAGUCAAAGGCUACGAACUACACCAUGGACCCAGAUGGUGUCAGCUUCGUCAACAUCAGGAACGCCAACAAGGUCACCAACCCGCGUCUAUACCGUGAGCUGUAUGAGAAGGGCAAGGGCAAGAUCCACAGCACCUACGACACACCCGAGAUCAGACAGGUCAAGAUGACCCAGGAGGCCGUCAGCGACUUGUGUUACAAGGAGAAGUACUUCGCUAACAGAGGCACCAUGAUUCCCAUGGGCGUCACUCCCCAGAUGAUACACUGUAACCACGUCAACGAGAUCACCAGUGACCUGAGAUACAAGGAGGACCUUCUGUGGCUGAGAGGCAUUGGCUGCUUCCUGUAUGACACACCUGAGAUGUCUACUGUCCGCAACAUUACCAAGUUUAGAUCCAACUAUGAAGUUGAGGCAAAGAAGAACCAUGCCAACUUCACUGUGGUCCUAGACACACCAGAGUACCAGCGUGUCACUGAGCUAAAGACCCACAUGAGCGACCUGAUGUACAGAGCCCAGGGCAAUGUGGAGAAGACCAAGUGCACCACCACCCUGGACUCCCUCGAUGUCAAGAGAGUCAAAUGGGCCCAACAGCUCAGCAACAAGUAUAUGUACACUGACCUGGCCUCCAAGGAGAGGGCCCACUUCACUCCGGAGAAGGACACCCCCAUAAUGAGCCACGCCAGGGCUAUGAAGGUGGUCUUCAGCGAGAUCAAAUACAAAGAUCAGUAUGAGAAGAUGAAGCACAAGUACACUAGCAUCCAUGACACACCCAUCCUGGUCCGGGCCAAGAAGGCCUACCUACAGUCCAGUGAUCUGCGCUACAAGGAGAGCUUUGAACGAUCCAAGGGACACUACCACAGUGUCAAGGAUGCCCUGGAUAUCGUGUGUCACCGUAGGGUCACCGAUGACAUCAGUGAGGUCAAAUACAGAGAGAAGUACAUCAACUCUCUGGGUACAUGGAGAUCCAUGCCCGACCGUCCUGAGUUUUUCCACAGCAGAAUCAUCGGUGAAAACGUCAGCGAUAUCAAGUACAAGGAGGAUCUGGAUUGGCUGAAGGGUAUUGGCUGCUACGUGUGGGACAGACCUGAGAUGGUCCAGGCUGAGAAGAACAAGGUCCUCUUCAGUGAGAGACACUAUAAAGAAACAUUCGAGAAGAAUAGACACCGCUUCAAGUACACCUGUGACACUCCAUUCUUCCAGGCCGCCAAGAAGGCCUCCGUUAUUAUCAACGAUAGGCACUAUAGAGCAGCCUAUGAGAAGACCAAGGAUAAGUACAGCAGUGUGUUGGAUGAUCCUAGAAACCUCCUGGCUAAGGAGAACGCCAAGAAUAGCCAGUGGAAGUACAGGGAGCAGUAUGAGCGUGCUAAGAACAAGUUCACCUCCAUCCUGGAGACUCCUGAGCAUGAGAGCCACAAACGCAGCAAAGCCAUCGGAGACAAUGUCUACAAGAUGGAUUAUAACAAGAACAAGGCUAAGGGCUACACCCUGGGACAUGACACUCCACACAGCACACACAUGAAGAAGGUCAAGGAGAUCACCAGCGUGCUGAAGUACAAGGAGCUAUAUGAGAAGAGCAAGGCCCAGAUCAACAUGGACCCUGAAUCCUUUGAAAUCCGCGCUGCCAAGGAAGCCUACAAGAACAUCAGCAAUCUGGACUACAGGAAGAAAUACCAGGCCACCAAGAACAAGUGGAUCUGGACCGUCGACAGACCUGACUUUAUCCAAGCUGCCAAGGCCAACUUCCAGCAGAGUGAUAUUGAGUACACGUAUGACAAGGAGAUGAUGAAGGGCUGUGUGAUCUCCAUCGUGGACGACAAGUUAGCCGUCCUGGCUAAGAUGAAUGCUGACUUAAGCAAUGUGAAAUACAGAGAGAAGUUUGAGAAGGCAAAGGGUCAGUAUAAGACUGUUCUGGACACUCCUACUAACCUUCAUGCCAAGUCAGUGCGCAUUCUGGCAUCUGAGAGCAAAUACAAGCUGGCUGGCAAGAUGGAGCAGCAGACCGGACAAUUCACCACACUGCCCACGACCCGCGACACCAUCCACGCCAAGGACAUGGGCAAACUGGUCAGCGAGAAACAGUACAAGCAGAAGUUUGAGAAGGAGAAGGGCAAGUCCAAGUACAACAGCAUGAGAGUACCUCCCGAUGUGCAGCACGCCAUGGACGUAGCCAAGAAUCAGAGCAAUUUUGCCUACAGGCAGGAGGCUAAGGCCAAGCUCAACUACACCUCUGUGGCUAUGCGCCCAGACAUCAUGAGGGCUACACAGGCCUCCAAGCUCGCCAGCAAUAUUGGCUACCGUGAGAAGGCUCGCCAGGAGGCUGCCCAUGGAGGUUCCCUGGUCCACCGUCCAGACAUCGCUCUGGCCACUGCGGUGUCCAAGCUUAACAGCCAGGAGGAGUUGGAAGCCAGGCACUCCCUCCACGGAGCUGCUUCCAUCGAUACUCCUCAGAGCCGCCACCUUAAGAAAAUGAGUGCCCUGACUAGUAAUGUGCAGUACAAGGCCAAGUAUGACAAGGAGAAGGGACUCAGGCCAAAGUAUGACAUGAAGGAAAGUGUUGUUUACAAGACUCAGAAGGAUGCACACCAGCUGGCUAGUGAGGUGAAGUACAAGGGUGACCUGAAGAAGCUGCACAAACCUGUAACCGACAUGGCAGAGUCUCUGUCCAUGCAGCACAACCUGAGCACCAGCAAGCUGUCCAGUGACUACCAGUACAAGAAGAAACAUGAGGACAGUAAGGGUCACUACCUCAUGAUCGCUGACUCACCAGAACAGCUUCAUCACAAGGAGGCUUCAGAACUACAGAGUCACGUGAAGUACAAGGAGAAGUAUGAGAAGGCUAAAGGAAAGGCCAUGCUGGACUUCGAGACCCCCACCUAUGUGACGGCUAAGGAGGCCCAGCACAUGCAGAGCGCGAAAGACUAUCAUAAGGAAUAUGAGGAGUCCAUAAAGGGAAAGAACCUCUCAGGCUUGGAGGUCACCCCUGCCAUGUUACAUGUCAGACAUGCCACCAAAAUAGCCAGCGAGAGAGAUUACAGGAGGGAUCUAGAGGAGGGGGUGAAGGGUAAAGGGCUAACUGUUUUUGAGGAAACUCCUGAGCUUUUGAGAGCAAGGAACGCCACUGCUAUCCUGAGUCAGAAAGAGUACAAGAAGACAUUGGAGACAGAGAUCAAGGGCAAGGGAAUGUUGGCACUGGCUACAGACACCCCAGACUUCAUGAGGGCUAGGAAUGCUACAGACAUCCUCAGCCAGCAAAAGUACAAGCAGACUGCUGAGGCGGACAGGGCUAGCUACACUAGUGUUAUCGACACCCCUGACAUCCUCCACGCACAAAAUAUCAGGAACAUGGUCAGCCAGAAAAAGUACAGGGAGGAGGCUGAGAAGUGCAUGUCUCACUAUGUGCCUGUCCUGGACACCCCUGAGAUGAUGAGAGUCCGUGAAAAUCAGAAGAACUUCAGCACUAUAAAGUACAAGGACUUGUUGUGUCGGUGCACAGCCAUCUCAGACCUACCGGAGGUGAAGAGGGUUCGUGAGAUGCAGAAGAACAUCAGCUCGGUGUUGUAUAAGGACAGUUCUGCCAAAGGAACGCCCCAGGUGUUCACUCCAGAGAUGGAGAGAGCGAAACGGAACCAAGAACAGAUUAGCUCGGUGCUGUACUCUGACAGCUUCCGUAAGCAGGUGCAGGGCAAGGCUGCCUUUGUGCUGGACACACCUGAGAUGAGACGCGUCAAGGAGACCCAGCGCAACAUCUCUGGAGUGAAAUACCACCAGGACUUUGAGAAGAGUAAGGGCAGCUUCACUCCCACCACCUCUGACCCCGUGAUGGACCGCGUGAAGAAGAACACCCAGGAGUUCAGCGACAUCAACUACCGUGGCAUCCAGAGACGUGUGGUGGAGAUGGAGAAGAGACGCGUGGUGGAGCACGAACAGGAGACUGUCACCGAUCUACGUGUGUGGCGCACCAACCCCGGCUCUGUGUUUGACUACGACCCUGCUGAGGACAACAUCCAGUCCAGGAGUCUGCACAUGAUGUCAGUCCAAGCCCAGCGUCGCAGCAAGGAGCACUCCCGCUCCACUAGCGCUAUGAGUGGUGUUGGUGAUGAGAAGUCUGAGGUGUCUGAGGACCCAGCCCACCACGUGUCCCUGUACAGCAACGGCUUUGCUACCUCCUCCAUGGGCUACACACACACCAAGACCGUGGAGCUGCAGCAGAGGUCUUCCUCUGUAGCCACCCAGCAGACCACCGUGUCCUCUGUCCCCUCCCACCCCUCCACCACCGGGAAAACUGUGCGUGCCAUGUACGACUACUCCUCUGCCGACAUGGACGAGGUCUCCUUCAAGGAUGGGGAUGUUAUCGUAAACGUGCAGUCCAUCGACGAGGGCUGGAUGUACGGCACUGUGCAGCGCUCAGGCAAGACUGGCAUGCUGCCGGCCAAUUACGUUGAAGCAAUCUAAAGACAAGUCCCACCCACCCCUCCAAUCCUCCCCCUGGAGUGGGUGACACAUCCACCCGGCUACCUGAUUGGCCACCAUCUACGGCUGAAUCUGUCGCUUCGUAAACCUGUUAUGUGUACACUAUCGCUUAGAUUAUUGUAGCUGUAGUAUUAGUAGUCUAUAGUUUACAUGCAAUUCUUGUUGAUGCCCGUUUCCCAAGGCCCUGUGGAUGUGACAUGAGAAGCUGAAAUAUUUAUACAUACCUAUAUAGACUACUGUAGAAGAACAUUCAUCCUUUUCCAAGACCUUGUCUUGAAAGAACAUGACGAAAAGCCCAUUAUUUUGUAAAUUGCAGACAGAACCUUAUUUAAUCAAUGUCAGUUAAAUAUUUUUCAAAAGCUUUACUGAAAGUUAACUUUCACACAACAGAUGAGCUUACAUGCAAUUCAAACUUCCCUGUGACGAAAAAGUGAAGUAUAUGGAUGAUAGGAAAGUGUAACGUAUGGAGAGAAUAAAGUUGUUUAAUCACCUAAAACCAGAAGGGGUUGAUGAAAGAUGAGACUAAAAGAUGUGUAACCUUAGAGGUAUCAUCCUAAAAACCAGGGGUCUGUUCCUGAGGAUGUAACAUUACAGAACGUUCAGAUAAUGUAGAACAGAUAUGAUUGGCUAUCAGAUAGAAUGAAUAGACGGGACACGAUUUCCUAUUCUUAUAUCUAUCAGCAACUUUGAGUUUCCCUCCUGAAGUAGCCGAAGGCUGGUCACUCAUUGCAUGUGUUUCGUUCCCUCAGAUUACCUAGGUCUGGGGGUAAAGGAAGUCAAAUACCUUUGAUCAGUAGAUAAUAAAACACCAACCUUCUGCA